AUGGCCACACAGUGGAUGCAAGACGCGUGUUAUCAUGCUACUCACGAUGUAACUCCGUCUUCUAAUGAGUCAAACUCGAAUGUAAUGUGUCGAUUUAUUCAUAAUCAGUGCGAGAAGGAGCUUUUUACGAGUGAAUAUCUAAGAAGCAACAAAGCAAGUGGCCAUAAAAAUUUGCGAUGUUUUCCACAUUGUUGCGGAGGUCAUAAUCCCAAAAGUUUUUGCGGUUCAGGUCUUGUGAUUGAAUGUUUUUUACCAAAUUGUCAAUUGGUACUUGGUCGAUUUGAAGAAGUUGCAAAGCAACAAUCGUCAAGUAAAAGUGAAAAUUCAAGUAAUCCAAGUCAAGAACAUUGUAGUCUUUUAAUUGGACAUACAUAUGCUCGUCAAGAUCUUUUUAAUGAUGUGAAAAUGCCGGAUCAACCAUUUGGACGAUGGUUUCGUGGUACUUCAGUACCAAAUGGUACAACUUCGGGAAUGUGUUUUUUACUAAAUGGAAAUCGUCAAUCGUGGCAUUAUGGAUGGCAAUCUUCCCGAUUAAAUUGCAAAAAUUUGCAUGUAUUUCGAGUGUAUCUCUUUGAAACAAAUGGCACAAAUGUUCUUUGUAUUGCAACUGUGGCAUCUCCUCCAUUUCGUAUUUCAUCAAGUCGUAAAGCUCGUAAAACAUUUCGAACGCCACUUGCACCAUCUACAAAUGCAACACCACAUUGUCAUGAUAUGAUUGCAACUGGUAAAUCAUCAACGACAUGGUAUCCAAAUAUAUCACUUUCAACUACUUCAUUGGUACCUUCCGAUCCAACAAAACGAGAACGUAAACGUUUAACACGUUCAGCAUCACUCAAAACUGAAUAUUAUUCAACAAAAGCUUUUCCUAUUUCGACAACUCAAGAUUCAAGUUCAACAAGACAAACAUGUUCAUUUUCAUCUUCUGAACGUGAUUCUCGUUUUUCGAUGCCAUCACUUCCAAGUGUUGAUACUUUUUUCACGACUUCAUCACAUUUUUCAUCUCGUCGUUCAUCUCUUGCUGCACUUUGUAUGCCAAUUUCAAUGGAAAAUGAGGAAUCUCCAAGAAUUUUAACACCAAUUUCUGGUAUGAUGGAUCUACGACUUGAUUCUUCGAGACAUUUAUCAUUUACACCAAAUCCAUUACAUCAACAUGCUUAUACAUCUGCUCGACCAUUGCCAUACAUUCGAUGUGAUACAUGUGGCGGCGCCGGACUUACUGGUGGAGUCGCAAUCAACGGGAGUAUCAGUAACAACACUGAAGUCGGCGUCAUCCGCUGCACCGGAACCAAUGGCAGCAUUGCAAUCAAUGGUGGUGUUGGACUCAAUGGCGGAGUUAUAAUUAGUGGCGAUGUCAGACUAAAUGGUGGAGUCAAUGUCAGUGGUGGCGUUAUCAAAACUAGUGUCGGAGUCAGCGGCGGCGUCGGACUUACUGAUAGAGUAGUAGUCAACGGGAGUAUCAGUAACAACACUGAAGUUGGCAUCAUCCGCUGCACCGGAAAUAAUGGUUGCGUUGGAGUCGGCGAGGGAUGCGGAUUGACUAGCGGAGUCAAAGUCAGUGGCGGUGUCAAAAUCAAUCCCGAAGCCAGAGUCAUCAGUGAUACCGAAAAAAAUACAAGUGUUGGACUUAGCGGUGGUGCAAGGAUCAGUACUGCUUUCAAUGGACAGCGUGAUAUGAAUGUCACGAAUGGCCCAUGUGCUAGUGUCAAGACAGGUGUAAUAGCUGGUGUCGGUGUCAAUGCUGAUAUUCGAGCUAGUUUUGGUGCGGGUUUCGAUGCCAGUGCAGAUGUUAAAGUCAGUGACAAAGCUAAAGCUGGUGUAGAAUCCCACGCUGGUGUCAAUCUUGGUGUAGAGAGAGUAGGGACCAAAGCCAGUGCUGGUAUCGAUGUCAGUACUAGUGCCUGUGGUACGAGUUGUAUAGGAGUCAAUGAUGGCACAAAUGCUGGCGCUAAGGCUGGUGUCAAGACUAGUGCGGGUGCUGUUAUUUGUGACACAAGUAGCGUAGGUGUCAAUUCCGGUACUAAAUUCGGGAUGCAGACUGAGUCUGGUCUACAAGCAGCCGUUGGUUCUGGACUCGAGGUUGGCGUAGGUAUUGGUCGCGAAGCUAGUGCUGGUUCUGUUGUCGGUGCAAAUAGCUCGACAAAGCAAGUGGAAUACCGCAUGCUUCGUUCGUAG